UCGUCACUCGCGUCUGGUCUCCAGCUCCCCGCUGCCCCGCGCGCGGCGGGCUGGCAUCGGGCCCGGAGUGAGCUGAUCAGUUCGAUGUGUCUGUGGUGAGGCGAGGGAAAAACGGAGACGGAGACAAGAGAACCGCACAGGCUCCAUGGAGGGCUUUUCAUGUUUGAAGUAGGGCUUUUUAGUCCUGGAAGCAAGGGAAAGAGGGGGAGACUGUUUUGGAACUAUGGAGGUUGAUACGAAGCUCCUCCUGCAUGUCUGCUUCAGAGUCUGAGAUCACUGGAAGCGAGGAAGCAAAGAAGAAAUUAUCUCUGAUCCCUAUAACUGGUCUAAAGGUCUCCUGCCUGUAUGUACAUUAGGGUGUUUCACUGAGCAAAAGAAGGAUAGAAGAGGAGACUUCAUUCAUUUAUCCCAGGUCUCCUUUGAGUGGCAGCUCUCCUGGCCUGUAAGUGGUUAAACACCAUUGCUCAGACACACCAUCUUCCUUCGUAGCCUGAGUGAGCCCAGUACAUUGUUCCUGCCUUCAGCAGGGGUGAUUACAUGGGCCGAGUUCAGGAUGUGGGCUGGGCAACUGCAGGACUGGUGAUCUGGGCUGGCACUUGCUACUGCAUUUACAGAUUAACCAAGGGAAGAUCUCAGAGUGGGAGCAGAUUUGCCAGAAAUGGGUCCAGGAUCGAGACGGAGACUGAGGUUGGGGUACAGAACCAGACCGUGGCCACAGGUGAAGCCAUGGCUGGAGCAGAGACUAGAGUCAAGACUGAACCAGAAACUGGAGAAGGAGGUGAGCCUGUGGCCGAAGCAGAUCCCAAGGUCCCUGUUCUAGCUAGAGCCAGUAUCAACUGUCAGACCGAGACAAUGCUUGAGGAGGAGGUAGAGACUCAUUCUGAGACCAGUUCAUUGGUGGAAACUGUGGUCAUGACAGACGCAGUGACUUUUACUGAAGCCACAGCCACAGCCAAAGCCAAAGAAGUAACCAUGAAAGAGGCAGUCACACAAACUGAAGUUGAGACUGAGGAAGUAGGCAAGAAAGAGGCAGUGACGCAGACCAAAGCUAAAGCUUGGGAAAUGGCUGGCAGGGCAGAGGUCAAGAAAGAAGCAAUGACCCAGACCAAAGCAGAAGCUCCUCCAUUGGCUGAAAAAGAGACAGAGAUUAACAGAGUAACAGUGACUCAGAGUGAGGUCUUGGCAGUGACCAAGGAAGUAGUCAAGAUUGGAACCAUGAAUGAGACUGGAAUUGUGGCAGAAGCCACGAUAAGAACACUGGAAGAGACUGUGAGUGUGACUAGAACUCAAUCUGAGACUAGGCUUGGUGUCACAGUUGAUACUAAUGAAAAUCCCAUUGAUAUGCCCCUUGUAGUGGCUGGAGUGGACGUGGAGUCCUAUGCACAGUCUCAGGUUGUGGACAUAAUUCAAAAUGAUGACAUGAUCGGUGAUGAGGUUGACGACAAGGGGAAUCUCAAAAGCACAUCUGAGGCAGGGUCUGGGGUAGAUACAAAGGCUUCUGAUCAGCCUCCUAUUGUUGCCAACAUUCCGGCUGAAGCCAUGCCAGGGGCAAGGGAUGAUGCUUGUGAUAAUACAAAUGACAUUUGUGAAGCAGAGGCAGAUAUGACAACUUGUAUAAUACAACCCGAGACUGUGGCCACGAUACAGGCUGAGACAACGUCUGGUGCCACCACGACUGAUGACAGGGAAGAUGCCAAUGGUGAAUUUAAGGCAGUGACUGGUGCUGACAUAACUGAUACCGAUCCUCAAGCUGUAACCAGUGACCAGACUGAAGCCAUGCCUGAUGCCAAGGUUAAGGGUAAAGGUAAUGACACUGCCAUGGCUAACGCAGGGACCAAGGCAAACACAGAAACCAGUUUGCAGACUGAUGCCUUGCCUGAUACCGAAGAUAAAAACAUAAGUGAUCCCAACGAUGUGGCUAAGGCAGAGGCUAGCAGAGAUGUGGUUUUCUGUACCCAGACUGAGCCUGUGGCCAAUGUCCAGGGUGAUGACUUGCCUGACGGCAAAAUCAAGGCUAAGGACAAUGCCAAUACCACAUCUAAGGAAGGGGUUCAGGCUACGGCCCAGAGCCAAGGUGAAGCCUUACCUAACACUAAAGGUAAGGCUAGAGGCAAAGCCAAAGCCAAGUGUAAGGCAGGAGCUGCGACAGAUGUGAAAACGUGUGCACAGCCUCAAGCUGGGACGAAAACCCAAGCUGAAGCCUUGUCUGAUUCCAAGGUUGAUAGCAAAAGUGACUCCAAUGCUGCUUCUAAAGCAGGGGCAAAGGCAGACAGUUGCCAGAACGAGGCCCUGCCUGGAACUAAGAAUAAGGUCAAGGGCAACUCAAAUCCUGUGCCUAAGGCAGAGGCUGGGACAGCUGCAGUGGGCUCUGCCCAGACCAAUGUUGUGACCGGUUCCCAGGGUGAGAGUGCAUCCGGUGCCAAGAAUAAGGUCAAGGGUAAUCGCAAUUCUGUGCCUAAAGCAGGGGCUGGACCAGACCCUACGGAUUCUGCCCAGUCCCAGACUGUAGCCACUUCCCACAGUGAGAACUUACCCGGUGCCAAGAAUAAGGUUAAGAGCAAUCCCAAUGUUGUGCCUAAGGCAGAGGCUGGGGUGGGUGCCUGUCCCCAGUCUGCGGCCAUUUCCCAGGGUGUUGCCUUGACUGGUACCAAGACUAAGGCCAAGGGCAAUUCUAGUGCUGGGUCUAAACCGGAUGCUGGGGCAGGUACAAUGGGCUCUGUCAAGGCUGUGGUCAGUUCCCAGGGCGAGGCCGGACCUGGUUCCAAGAGUAAGGUUAAAGGUAAUCCCAAUGCUGUGCCUAAGGCAGAGGCUGGGGCAAGUACAAUACUGGCUUUGGCUUCUUCCCAGGCGGAGGCCUUGCUUGGUGCCAGAAAUAAGGUCAGGGGCAAUUCCAACACUGUGCCUAAGGCAGAGGCUGGGUCAGGUGCAAGGGGCUCUGUCCAGUCCCAGGCUGUGGUCAGUUCCCAGAACGAGACUUUGCUUGGUGCCAGGAAUAAGGUCAGAUCCAAUGCUAGUACUAAAGCAGGAGCCAAAACAGGUACAAGGAGCUCUGCUCAGCCCCAGGCUGUGGUCAGUUCCCAGAACGAAGCCUUGCUUGGGGCAAGGGAUAAAGGUCUGUCCGGUUCACAGGUAGGAGCCACUGUAGACAAUAAGAUGUAUGCAAGGCCCGUGGCAGGUGCUGUGCCCACUUCUGAAACUGCGAGUGGGGUAGGUGCUCAGCCUAACAUGCACGAUUAUUACUGGAAUGGAAUUGGUGUUGAGGACUGGAUUGCUGCUGAGCGGUGGAUCAAAUUUAGGUUUCAGACCAUGGAUGGAGACUGGGAGAAUACUGUAUCCUGGACUGAUGAUGAGAAUGCAGCCAGUGUCGGGCCCUGGAGUGGGGCUAAUGAGAAGACUGGCAUUGUUAGUUCCUGGGCUGUGGCUUGUGAUGAAAACAGCAUUAAGUCCUGGACUGGGGCUAGGACUGAGAAUGAGGUUGCUCUUGGGUCCUGGGUAGGUGCUGGUGACCAGGCCAGUGGGGCACUCUGGGCAGGAGCUCAGGCUACUGACGCCACUGGAGGCUCCUGGACUGGGGCUGAGAACCAGAUCAGUGCAGGUUCUUGGGUUGUCUCUGGAAACCAGGCCAUUGCAGGGCCCUGGGCUGUGAGUCAGGUCAGUGACGGGUCAUGGCCUGCAGUCCAGGCCAGUGGAGUGUCCUGGGUAGUGGACCAGGCUACUGGGACCUGGACUGUGGCCGACAAUCAGGCUGGUGCAGUGUCUUGGACUGGAGCUGGCAAUAUAGUUAGCAUUGGAUACUGGACUGGGGCUGUAGACCAGACCAAUGCUGUGUCCUGGACAGGGACUGGUGAUCAGGCUGGUGGUGAGGUCAAGCCAAGGUUUGAAGAUCAGGCCGGUGAAAAGGGGACCUGGGCUGGAGCCGGUGUCCAGACCAGUGGAGAGUCCAGGUUGGGACCUGAGGAUCAGGCCAAUGGAAGGUCUUGGACUGAGACCGCAGACCAAGCUAGUGCGGCAUCCAGGCUUGGGACUGUAGAUCCAUCUGGUGGUGCAUCCUGGGCUGGCACUGGGGACCAGGCUGGUGCAGUAUCUACAGCAGGGUCUGCAGACCAGUCUGUUGGUGGAUCCAAACCUGGUUUUGAGAAUCAGACCAGUGGUGAAGGGUCUUGGACUGGGACUGUUGGCCAGGCUAGUGGAGGGUCCAAGUCGGUGCCUGAGGAUCAGUCUGCUGGAAGAUCUUGGGCAGAUUCUGGAAACCAACUCAGUGGAGGGUUCUUGGUUGGGCCUUUGGACCAGGCCAAUGGAGAGUCUCAGCCUGGGUCUGGAGAACUGGCUGCUGGUGGAGUAGAUCAGUCCAGUGCAGGAGGAUGCUGGGCUGGUUCUGGGGACCAGUCUGGUGGAGAAUCUAGGAUGGGGCCCAGGGACCAGUCUAAUGGAGAGUCUUGGCCUGGCACUGGAGAUCAGACCAGUGGAUGGUAUUGUACUUACACUGGGAAUCAGACCAUUGGAGGAGGCUCUUGGGCUGGGGCUAGUGGUCAGGACGUUGGAGGGUCGAAGCCAGUGCAGGUGAACCAGACUACUAGUGGAUCCUGGCUUGUCACUGGAACUCAGAUCAGUGGUGUGUCCUGGACUGGUGAUCAGGUUGGUGGCUGUUCCAAACCUGGAUUUGAGGAUCAGGCCGUUGGAGGAGGAUUCUGGGCUGGUGCUGGGGACCAGGCCACUGGAGGGUCCAGGCCAGCUGUGUCUGAGGAUCAGUCUAGUGGAGGAGUUUCCUGGGGUGGAGCUGGGAGUCAGGCCAGUGGAGGGUCCUGGGUUGGGCCUGUGGAUCAGACUAGUGGCUCUUCUAAAUCUGGAUUUGAAGAUCAGGCAGGUGGAGAAUCCUGGCCUGGGUCUAGGUCUAGUAAUGAAGCCAGUGGAGGAUCUAGGCUAGAUACACAAGACCAGGCCAGUGGAAGAUUCCUUGUAAGUGCUGAGGUGGAGGCCAAUGAAGGAUUUUGGUUUGGGCCAGGGAGUGAGGCCUUUAUAGGGUCUUGGUGCUGGACAGAAGAAGCUACUAUUUUGCCUAUAGCUGAUCUUAAAGAUGAGGCCAGUGUUGAAUCCACGUCAGGUACUAAGGAAGAAGCCACCACUAGUUCUGGAUUGGGGGAUGAGAAGAAGACCAGUACUGAGGAGACAGCUUUAACGGGCACCUGUGUUGGAGGUGAGGCUGAGACUGUGGCUGGAGCCGAGGCUGAAGUUGAGACAGAGGCUAAGGCUGGAGCUGAGGCUGAGGCUGGAGCUGGGCCUGAGGCUGGAGCAGAGACAGAGGUUGAGGCCAAGGCGAGAGCAGAGACAGAGAUUGAGGCCAAGGCAGGAGCAGAGACAGAGGUUGAGGCCAAGGCCGAGGCCGAGGCCAAGGCCGAGGCCGAGGCAGGAGCAGAGACAGAGGUUGAGGCCGAGACGGGAGCGGAGACAGAGGUUGAGGCCAAGGCGAGAGCAGAGACAGAGGUUGAGGUUGAGGCUGAGGCGGGAGCAGAGACAGAGGUUGAGGUUGAGGCUGAGGCGGGAGCAGAGACAGAGGUUGAGGUUGAGGCCGAGGCGGGAGCAGAGACAGAGGUUGAGGUUGAGGCCGAGGCGGGAGCAGAGACAGAGGUUGAGGUUGAGGCCGAGGCGGGAGCAGAGACAGAGGUUGAGGUUGAGGCCGAGGCUGGAGCAGAGACAGAGGUUGAGGUUGAGGCCGAGGCGGAAGCAGAGACAGAGGUUGAGGUUGAGGCCGAGGCAGGAGCAGAGACUAGGGCAGAGGCUGGGGCAGCAGCUGCAGCUGCAGCUGAUUCUGAGACUGGAACUGAGGCUGGUCCUAGAGUUGAGGCAGUGGUUGGGGCUGAAGCUGGAAUGGAAAUUUGGUCCUGGGAGGGAGAUGCAACCUCUAAAGGGUCUAGGCUUGGGGCUGAGGCUGAGGCUGGAGUUGGGGGAGGGGCUGAGGCUGAAGCUGAGACUGAGACCAGCAUGGGAUUUUGGUUCUGGGAUGGAGAUGCAGCUACUAAAGGAUCUAAGCUAGGCGCUGAGGCUGAGGCUGAGGCUGAGGCUGAGGCUGAGGCUGAGGCUGAGGCUGAGGCUGGAAUUGGGACAGGAGCAGGGGCAGAGGCAGAGACUGAAGCUGUGGCUGAGACCAGCAUGGGAUUUUGGUUUUGGGACGGAGAUGCAGCCGCUAAAGAGUCUAGGCUUGGGGCUGAGGCUGAGGCUGGAGCUGGAGCAGGGGCAGAGGCUGUGGCUGAAGCUGUGGCAGAGACCAGCAUGGAAAUUUGGCCCUGGGAUGGAGAUGCAGCCACUAAAGGGUCUAGGCAUGAGGCUGAGGCAGAGGCUGGGGCUGGAGUUGUGGCUGAGGCCGGGGCUGGAGUUGUGGCUGAGGCCGGGGCUGGAGUUGUAGCCGAGGUUGGGGCUGAGACCAGAAUGGGGUUUUGGUUUUGGAAUGAAGACUCAACCACUAAAGGGGCUAGGCUUGGGGCUGAGGCCGGGGUUGGAGUUGUUGCAGAGGGUGGGGCUGAAGCCAGAAUGGAGUUUUGGUCCUGGGAGGGAGAUGCAGCCUCUAAAGGGUCUAGGCUUGGGGCUGAGGCUGAGGCCGGCUUAGGGUCUUGGACUUUUGCUGCAGAUAUAAAUGAUGAUGAUGAUGAGGAGGAGGAGGAGCUAAGUAGAGAAUCCAGCCCUGGUAUUGAAGAGAUCAGUCUAAGAAACUUGUUUGGGGCUGACAGUGAGGACAAUAAUGACCUCAGAUCUACAAAUGAAAAAGAUGCCAACUCUGAAUCUGGGACUGGGGAUAAGGUCAGCACUAAAGAUAAGUUUGAUGCUGCUGAUGGAGUUGACAUCCGAUCUUGGUUCUGUACUGGUAAUGAAAACAGAUGUGAGGAUGAAUCUACAUCUCAGGUGAAAGCCAAAAAGACAACUGAACCAAGAGGCAUAUAUCCAUCCAUGGUCCCUGGAGCAGGAAUGGGUGUAUGGGAUGGGACCAUCAUUUGUUCUGAAAGCAAGCUACUGAAGCAAAGCAGCUUUCCAGGCGAAGAAGGUUUCAGAAAGCAAGUCAAUACUGGAGACAAGGUGCAUUCCUGCAACUGCCGCUGCAGACGGGAUGUUAACCUGGAUCCACAAGAUCUUGAGAAACUCAUUUGCAUGAUUGAAAUGACUGAAGAUGCUUCUGUUCACGAGAUAGCCACGAAUGCUCUAUAUAACAGUUCUGAUUAUCCCUUUCCGCAGGAAAUUGACCGGAAUAUAGGUGGAAUUUCAGUUAUCCAAAGCUUAUUGGGUAAUCCCUACCCUACUGUCCGCCAGAAGGCUUUAAAUGCAUUGAAUAACCUCUCAGUUGCUGCUGAAAACCAUAGAAAGGUUAAGACAUACUUAAGUCAGGUAUGUGAAGAUACUGUCACCUGUCCCUUAAACUCAAAUGUGCAAGUGGCUGGACUAAGACUGAUAAAACACCUGACUAUCACUAGUGAAUAUCAGCACAUGGUUACCAAUUACAUUUCAGAAUUUCUCCGUUUGUUGGCUAUGGGAAGUGGAGAAACUAAAGACCAUGUUUUGGGAAUGCUUGUGAAUUUCUCUAAAAAUCCAUCCAUGACAAAAGACUUGCUCAUUGCCAAUGCACCAACAGCACUGAUUAACAUCUUUAGCAAGAAGGAGACAAAAGAGAACAUCCUUAAUGCGCUUUUACUUUUUGAAAAUAUAAAUCGUCAUUUUAAAAAAAGAGCAAAAACAUAUCCCCAAGACAGGUUCAGUAAAAGUUCCCUUUAUUUUCUGUUUCAACGACCUAAAGCCUGUGCCAAGAAACUUAGAGCCUUAGCAGCAGAUUGUAGUGAUCCAGAGGUGAAAGAAAAAGUUGAGGUAUUAAUAAAUAAACUCUGAUUGGCUCUCUGUUCCCCCCAGAGUUUGAGUAACAUUUUGGUUUUACAUCCUGGACAUGCUGUACAUUGUAAAUUGCAUUAGAAUUUUGAAACUAAUGUUGCCUAUAAGGACCUAUAGCUGGACAAUUUUAUGAACACCAAACGAAUUCAAGCUUGUUCUGGAAAUACAUGUGUCAAUUUUUAUCUUGUCUGGAUUGAGAUAUUUUUAGUAUGCUUCAUGAGCAGAAACCAAACUGAUUCUUCAUAAGUAAGGUAAUCUUUGGUCCUUUGUGUGGACUUAUGUUUAUACAUUUGAGACUUUAUUUUUAUGUCAUCAAUAAAGUUGUGUGUUUUAAGAAGCAAAAA